CGAGAAGUUUGAUAUAUUCUGUUCUGUUUCUUGUUUCUCGGUUGUUUUCGCAUCCGGUGGCAUGUUUCGGGCCUCUAUCCGGUCUGCUUCAGACCCUCUCCGGGACCAUGUGUGCCUCUCAUGUUUAAGCCAUCGGUUUGGCGCGCCGUCCAGGUUGCGUCAAUUCCACGCCCGGCCUGCCUUGCGCGUCGAAGCAGGCAAUGGAACAUCUGAGAACAAUUCAAAAGAUGCGCCGUUACCACCAAAGCCAAACCAGGGAAUUGGCUUGCCUAAAGAGAAUCAGAGCGAUGCACCCUCCAACCAGUCCUCGGACAAUGCGUUGGCUUCGAAAUCAACACCCCCGAACCCCGAGAAAAAGACACUCAGCAAUAGAAGUCGUCGCGCACACCAAGCAAAGAACCAGCUGUUGAAGAAGUUAGAGCAUCUAAAAGCAAAAAGUGAACUUCACAAGAAGCAACAAGAAGUCAAAACCACGGACGAACCCGCCAAAGCGGAAACUACGAACAAUGCGGCCAAGACGGAAACCUCAGUGAAGACGGAAACCCCGGUGAAGACGGUGACCAAGCUGCUCGAGCGGACCAAGAAGACUCAAAAAGACAAGAACCCGGAGGAACAACCCAGGCGCAAGCUUACGCAUGUUUCAAGCUUCGUGCGCGAAAAGACUACCGGGUCGAUAGAAUAUGAUGACAGAAAUGUGAAGGCACUGGAUUACGAUACUGCUCCCGUUCCUCGUUUGUCAUUUGGGCUCGAUCGAGUUCUCUUUAACCCCGGUGUUUACCAAUUACGAGACCCCCGAUCGCGAGUCUAUAACUUCGACCCCUACCUGGGUCAGAUCAUGCCCGUGACGGAAUUCGACUUCAAUACUCUUAAGGAUUAUAUUACCUCAUCCAAGGAUGAAACACUUCGCAGCAUCGCCGUCAAGGAAAAGAAAAAGUACGUGGGAUCUUCCUCGAGUAUGACCUCGGUGCUUUCCCACUUCCAUUAUCUGCUUUCUGCCUGGAGACCCGUCGACACUCGUACCGUGUCUCGAGGCUUCCCGGAGACAUUAUCGACCUUUACUCGUCUGCUCCGGGCACCGGCUGCUAUGUUCCUCCAUUACCAGGAUGGGGUGUACGCGAUCGAUGCAGACAAGGAAUUCGAUCACGCCAAUAUCCUUAUGAACCUGGGCAAGUCAAUGGAGAAGCUUCUCACUCUGCCGAAGGAGGAUUUCGAGCGCUAUCGACGAACUCACGAAAACAAAAUCUCCGCUGAAGAGGAAGAGGCUAUCCCUGAAUCUUACCAUUUCUCCAGCUACGGCAAUUUCAUUAUGCGGUCCCAGCUGGACGCAUAUGACCACCGUCUCCCCGGAACGGGUAUGUUCGACCUGAAGACACGAGCCGUGGUCUCGAUCCGCCAGGAUGCAAAGAACUUCGAGCACGGGCUGGGAUACGAAAUCAAGGACAGAUACGGAGCCUUUGAGUCCUACGAACGUGAAUUCUUCGACAUGAUCCGUGCUGCAUUCCUCAAGUACUCUCUGCAAGUGCGCAUCGGCCGCAUGGAUGGCAUUUUCGUGGCCUUCCACAACGUCGAGCGCAUCUUCGGUUUCCAGUACAUCGGUCUUCCGGAGAUGGAUCAAGCACUGCACGGACAAAACGACACUGCCCUCGGAGACGCCGAGUUCCAGCUCAGUCUGGGAAUGUGGCAGAAGAUCUUGGACAAAGCGACAGAGAAGUUCCCUGAGAAAUCUCUGCGCUUCCACUUCGAGACCCGCGAUGCCGUGACCCCCUUCAUGUACAUUUUCGCCGAGCCCGUCACUCAAGACGAGAUCAAAGCCAUCCAAUCCAAGAAUAAGGCCGCGAUCGACGCCUACCAGCAACGUCUUCUGAACCUGCAACCAAGCGAAGACGACUCCGACCUCGACGCCCCUCCUGCACCCGAGCCCGUCGAAGAAGUCCCCGCCGAAAAGGAACAAUCAGACGGCGAAGACAAUCUCCUCGCAAUCGCCCUAACUGUCCGCAACAAGGUGAAUGACAUCUACGUCGAGCGCCCAAUGAACUUCACGGCCUCCGACAAGUGGUCCGCCGAAUACGAAAUGAGCGAGCUAUCCCCAGUCCAAGGCCGCACACUGUACAGAAUGUGCCAAGCGCGCCGACAAAAGGAGCUCGCUGGCCGUGGCGAAGACGAGCAGGAUACUACAAAUAAUCACUAUCUCCGUCGUCUGCGGCAGAUUGCCAAGCAGGGGCGCCGGUAUCGCGAGCAGGAGAAUGUCCUUGAUAAGGAGCAUGGUAUUGUUGUUUUGGGAGAGGAGUAA